AUGGAUAUCCUCCAGUUGCUGUCUCUUGUCGCUUCUGCAGCGAGCCAAUCAUGCGGUGGAUCAAUCACUGGCGGAUCAACCGUUGAAAUCGUCACUCCUGGAGCGCCAAACCAAAUGUACUAUCAUAAUGAAAACUGUGUCUGGAAUAUCGCCUUUGAUUAUUCCGUAACGUCGUAUCAGAUAAGGCCAAUUUGGUUUGGGCUCGAAAGUUGCUCUGAUUGCAAUUGCGACACGGCUGAAAUAGUUGACAGAUUUGGAAACGUUCAGAACUAUUGCGGAAAAGCGUCACGUAAGCGUCGCGAAUCAGAAAAGACAAUUGAGAUUGCUGUGAGACGUGAUAAUGCUAUCACGACGGGCUUUCCAAGUUCCGGAAUAACUUUGCCAGGACGAACGGGAACAAUUUCUUUCAUCACAGAUGGAAGUGUCUAUGUCGAUGGUUUCAGACUUGAGAUUGUUCCCCAGCAUUGCGGAGGAGUCAUUGAUACUGCAAGAACGAUAGAAUCGCCUAACUUCGGCUUGGGAAACUACUUUGACAAUCUUGAAUGCGUCUGGAACAUCAAUUUUCCGUCUGCCGCCGCUAUCCAAAUUGUGUCAUCAUCAUUCCAGCUCGAGUCCGAAAGUACAUGCGGUUAUGACACAGUUCAGAUCAUCGACAACCAAGGAAUUGAACAAAAUUUCUGUGGAUACUCAUCUCGACGACGACGCGAUUCCGACGAACAGUCUGAAAAAAAUGGGCUUAGUGCACGACGAGCUAAUGCUGUUUCUUCUGGAUUUCCAAGUGAUGGCAUUGCUCUCAUCGGAAACACAGGAACAAUUUCUUUCAUCACCGACGGAAGUAGCGUUCAUCCUGGCUUCCGUCUCGAAAUUUCACCACUCGCUUCGAUACCUUGUGGUGGUACAAUUGGAGAAGGCGACGUUAUCGAAUCACCAGGCUUUACGUCAGGCUCCUACUUCGACAAUUUAAAUUGUGUAUGGAACAUCGAACUGCCAUCCUCUGCAGCUGCGUUUCAAUUAAUCGCAUCAACGUUCGAGCUCGAAUCUGAAAGCACAUGCGGUUAUGACACAUUUCAAAUCAUUGACAAUCGAGGGAGCGAACAGAAUUUUUGCGGAUAUUCUUCUCGGCGACGACGAGAGUCGGAUGAAUUGCUAGUUAAAAAUCGGCUCAAUACAAGACGAGAAAAUGCAUUCACAAAUGGAUUUCCAAGCGAUGGCGUUACCGUUUUUGGAAACACAGGAACCAUUUCUUUCAUCACCGAUGGUAGUAGCGUUCACGCUGGUUUCAGAAUCGAAGUUAUACCGCUCACGUCAAUCCCUUGUGGCGGAGUUGUCGGCGAAAGCGACGUUAUCAAGUCACCAGGCUUUGACACAGGCUCCUAUUACGAUAAUUUGAGUUGUACCUGGACCGUGCAGUUGUCCGAGUCAGUUCCCGCUUUCGAAAUCUUGCCUGUCUCUUUUGGACUUCAAAACUGCUCAAAUUGCGAAUGUGACAAUCUACACAUCAUAGAUGAGGAAGGGUCAGAGUAUCAAUUCUGCGGAGAUGAUGGUAUGCAAACAUUAGGCAUAAAUGGAAAUACGGCAACGAUAAUCUUUACAUCUAAUGGGGACACCAUUGACUCAGGUUUCGAACUGCAACUUGUUCCUUUGGAUGCCCCUCUUUCUCUUUCACCAACAGCUGCAUGGCAAGAACUUGAUGCUGCUUAUAGCAGCCUCUUUCAAGGAAUUUUCAAUAGCUAUGAGCUAAUGCCAAAUAUUCCUUCGAUCAAGAAGGCGAAUCGACUUCGAGAUUUUUUCCAAAAGAUAUCGAACUUUCCGUCUCGCACCUCGGACUCUUUACUUGUAAAAGACAGUAGAGAAGAGAAUCCGACGGAAUCAGAGAUUUGGCUGAAUGAAGAGACGAACAAGCCUGUAGGGUUUAUUUGCACGUGGGAAGAUGGCUGGUGCGACGGGUGGUAUAAUGUGGACCACACGAAAGAAGAAAAUUAUGUCCCGAACAAAUUCUUUGACUUGGUUGUCAGACAAGGUGCGUCAUCAAGCCCCGCAACUGGGCCCGCAUUUGACAGGACGCGCAAAACGGAGGAAGGCCAUUAUCUGCUGCUCGAGGCCUCGCAGAAAAUGUUUCUUUCUCAAGCCGAAAUCGCUUCUCCCGCCUUCGAUAUCACUGCUUAUGACGACUUCUCAAUGUGGUACCUGAUGUACGGCAAGCACGCUUACAGCUUGACAGCUUUCGUCUCGAUUCCCGUCCCAGGCGCCUAUCGAAAGCUCCUUUUCAAAAAAAGUGGCCAAGCGUCAAAAACCGCCACUCACUGGAUUUAUCAAGCUGUUACGAUUAAGAAGCCAGAUCUUGAGCCGGGCCAUUUGGUCAAUAUUACAAUCAACGCUGUAAGAGGUCUGAGUUACCAAUCUGACAUCGGCAUGGAUGACAUCAUGGUUCGCCCGGGCCCCUGCCCAGAUCUACCUCCCAAAGACGCCACUCCUCCUCCUCCGCAAACAACAGCAUCAACAAAAGCCGUCAAAUCAACCAUGGCAACAACCAGAGCGGUCGUCAGUACAAUGGAUCCGAUGGUGACUAGGGAGUUCAAUCCAUUUUUCACCACAAAAAUCGAAAGCUGCCAAAUUUCAACAGUCCUGGGGGACAAAACCGAGCAAUACAUUUCGAAUAUGUUUAUUUGUUGUGGAAAUAAAAUCAUGUCAAGACUGAACGGUUCAAAAUGCUGCGCCGGGGUGCAAUAUUUUGCGCGAAAACAAGAUUGCUGCGAAGGCGAGGUCAUCGAUAAGGCGGAGUUCAGUUGCUGCGGCGGCAAGAAAACGCCGGUCGAGCCAGAUAAAAUUUGCUGCAACGGAGAAAUCCGGCAAAAAGAAGCCUCGCUCUCCUGCUGCGAUGAUAAGGAAUUCUUCGAUAAGGGAAGCCAAGGCUGCUGCAUUGAUAAACUGUACAGCAAAGCGAGCAGUUUUUGUUGUGGCGGCUCCGUCCUGGAGAAAAACGACGACACGCAAAAAUGCUGUGGCAGCGGUUGGAAAGGGGAAAAAUAUUCUCCUGGCAGAGAAGCCUGCUGCAAUGGAAAUCUCUACGCUGUCGCCCAGUACGGUUGCUGCGGCGAAACGUACGUCUACUCAAAGCUUUAUGAAGAAUGUCACGUGCCUGACGCGGAGGAAAAUGAGAACGGCUCAUUGCUCGUCAAGUUGAAGGAGAAACAAAAGUGGCGAAAACCCUCCUCGCAAGCGGGUCAAUUUCUUUUCAAUUACAGAAAAAGAAGGUCGCCAGAGCAAAACGGUAGCCGCCGAAAUUUUUGA